AUACCUGUGGACACCGACGCGCUACGGGGUUUAUUACUUACCUUUCUUCUUUCGUUUCAAGGGUCACUUUAUGAAACCUCCAAUCUGGAUCGAGGCGGCAACAACAGGAAGAAGAAGAUAGAGGAAUUCUCUAGGUCUUCUCGGGAGAAAAUAGUCCAGUCGAAGAACAAAAUGUUCUCGAAAUUCACGUCCAUUCUCCAGCAUGCUGUGGAAGCGCUUGCCCCAUCGCUGCCCUUGCAGGAGGACUUUGUCUAUCACUGGAAGGCUAUUACACAUUAUUACAUUGAGACUUCUGAUGACAAAGCUCCAGUUACAGACACCAACAUCCCAUCACACCUGGAACAGAUGCUGGACAUCUUGACCCAGGAGGAAAGGGAAAGGGAGUCUGGAGAGACAGGACCAUGCAUGGAGUAUCUACUACACCACAAGAUACUGGAGACUCUCUACACCUUGGGCAAGGCAGAUUGUCCUCCAGGGAUGAGGCAGCAGGUGCUUACCUUCUACACAAAGCUGCUAGCACACAUUCGUCAACCUCUCCUGCCACACAUCAAUGUCCACAGACCUGUACAGAAACUGAUCCGUCUGUGUGGGGAGGUGCUGGCUGCGCCUACAGAAAAUGAAGAGAUUCAGUUCCUUUGUAUAGUUUGUUCCAAACUGAAGCAGGACCCAUAUCUUGUCGACUUCUUCCUUGAGAACAAGUCUAGGAGACCUGAGACAAAGAGUCCCAGAGGAACAGAGGUGGUGAAGGAGAAUGUGUUGGCUCCAGACACUGGUCAGUCUCUGGCUGAGGAAAAGGCUGACUGCCCAGAGGAGCCUCAGGCUGCAGCUGCUGCCUCCACCUCUAGUCCAACCAGUAACAAUAAUAACAGCAACAACUACAAUCUGGUCUCCUCACUGCUCAACCUCACAAAGAGCCCUGAUGGCAGGAUAGUAGUGAAAGCAUGUGAGGGCCUGAUGCUGCUGGUCAGUUUACCAGAGCCUGCAGCUGCCAAGUGUUUAACUGAAAACACUGAGCUCUGUGAGCUCCUGACUGACAGGCUGGUCACCUUCUAUAAAGCCCUGCCACAGUCCAUGGACCCAUUGGACAUUGAGACAGUGGAGUCGGUCAAUUGGGGCCUGGAUGUAUAUAACCUGAAGGAGGACGCUGCUGUUUUCACAGGGAAGAGGGCUCUCAUCUCCUUCCUGUCCUGGCUAGAUUACUGUGACCAGCUCAUUAAGGAGGCUCAGAAGUCAGCAGCUGCAGUGAUGGCAAAAGCAGUGAGAGAAAGAUUCUUUGUGUCUGUUAUGGAACCUCAGCUCAUGCAGACGUCCGAGGUGGGCAUCCUGACCUCCACAGCCCUGCUGAACAGGAUCAUCAGGCAGGUGACAUCAGAGGCUCUGAUGCAGGAGAUGAUUUACUUCCUGCUAGGAGAGGAGAGAGAGCCAGAGACUCCAGCUACUAUGGCCCAGAAUCCACUCAGACACAGACUCAUUGAGCACUGCGACCACCUGUCAGACGAGAUCAGCAUCAUGACACUGCGGCUAUUUGAGCAGCUGAUCCAGAAGCCCAACCAGCACAUCCUCCACAGCUUGGUGCUGCGUAGCCUGGAGGAGAGGAACUACCUGGAGAACAAACCACAGGAGGAGCGUGAGCCUCUGGAGAACGGGCAGCCCCAUGAUGCCGUAGACCUUGAGGAGGAUCCACUGUUUGGUGAUGACCUCUCUCCAGACAGCAGGCUGUCUGGUUCUGAUUGGCUCAGCUCCUCUCCACCAGAGAGCCCCGACCACUCAAAGUCUGACGGCAAGACGGAGGUCCACAAGAUUGUCAACAGUUUCCUGUGUUUGGUGCCCGAUGAGGCAAAGUCAUCGUAUCAUGUUGAAGGCACAGGCUAUGACACCUACCUCAGAGAUGCACAUAGACAGUUCAGGGACUAUUGUGGGGUCUGCCUGCGGUGGGACUGGAGGGGAAAUCCAAAGCCUUUUGAGAAGUGUAACUUGGACAGCCCAUUCUUCGAGGGCCACUUCCUCAAGGUUCUCUUCGACAGGAUGGGUCGCAUCCUAGAUCAGCCCUACGAUGUCAAUCUGCAGGUGACCGCUGUGCUGUCCAAGCUUUCUAUGUUUCCACACCCACACUUGCACGAGUACCUGCUGGACCCUUAUAUCAACCUGGCCCCUGGCUGCAGGUCUCUGUUCUCUGUCAUCGUCAGGGUGGUUGGAGAUCUCAUGUUGAGGAUUCAGCGCAUCCCAGACUUCACACCCAAACUGCUACUCGUGAGGAAGAGAUUAUUAGGUCUGGAGCCCGAGGGCAUCAAUAUCGACCACAUGACUCUGCUAGAGGGGGUGAUCGUGCUGGAGGAGUUCUGCAAAGAGCUGGCAGCCAUUGCCUUCGUCAAAUAUCACGCAGCUGCCUCCUCCUCGCCGUAACCCUCCUGCUGUUCAUCCAUCUGCCUCGGCCAGGCAGACAGGUCAGGAUUAAACCGGGCCUUUUUUUGGGGGUGCGAUGGUGGUGGCACUGGUGUCACAGGGUCGGCAAAAAAAAUGACCACUAACUGCUCAUCCCUGCAAGACUGUUGAAGCCCAUACGGACGGGUUCAUCAGUUCCCUCUCUUCUGACCUCUCGGGGCUCCACUAUAAAAACGUCUUUGGUCUUGUUAUUGAGAAGGUCAGAGCACAGACACUGCCCAGCCAGCGGAGGACUAAGAGGAGAAUAGAGGUCGAGGUGCAGAGAGAUGGUCACUGGACUUUUUUCAGCCUCUGUAUUUUCUCUAACUCCCGCCCCCCUUUCUUUCUCCACCAGCCGAAAGAAAACCCUGUAAUUAGUAUAUCAAGGAAAAAAAGAUGUUUGUGUAUUUAUUUUCUUUCCCAUUAUCACCCAUUUGUAAACAUCAUUGCCUUAGUGUGGAACCGCACCUUUCAGUUACAGAAGAUUGUUUCCUUUUGAAACAUUUUUAUCUCAACUCCUCACAUGUUGUCUGUUUGAAGACAAGAGGACUAGACUCUAUAGAGGAAAAGAAAGUCCCACUACCUUCAACCCCUAUAUGUACCUGUAGUUACAGACAUAUCGAACUGUAGUAUUUACGAUAAUGCACACGUAUUUUAAAUGCCAAUUCCUCUUUAUUUAUUUAUUUGCUUUCAGGUUGCCUUUUUAACUAAUGUCAUAUUGAGAUCAAAUUAAUGAUUCACUUAAUUAGUUUUCCUCGUCUUUCCUAAGUGUGUCUCUUAAUGUUUGUGCUCUCAAAGCUCACCUGUAAUCACCAUCACCCAAAGACAUCACCAUCCAUCACAUUUUGUCAAAAUGAAAUGGUGAAUUUAGCAAAUGAUGUGAAUUUGCACACGGACCUCAUUGCAUUGCACUUGUUACAUUAGUCAAGUUUGUCCAUGCUUUUUGGGUUCGGCUUAUAGGAAAUGUCAAGUUGGCAUUCGUGGGUAGAGACAUGUUUUUGAUUCCACAUUAGUUUUUAUUCUCCAGACCCAGUGUUGCAUUUCUCGCACAACAGUGUUUAUUUCAUCCAAGUGUCCAAGAUACUGUGUUCUUUUUUAACACCAUUUGUAAUUCUCUGUAAUUAGUUUAUUCUAUUGGUGGGAUGCAGAGGAUCUUGAUUUUAUUGACCAGUGUCUUAAUUGUGUUGUUAACUUUGGACAUACUGCGGCUAACAGCUGGGGUUCCUAAUCUCUAUUGGCUUUUGAUCCCUAAAACAAAGCUAUGUCUACUUGGUGGUGUACGUCUGUAAGCUGUAGUUUUCAUUUGAAGUAAUUCACAAGAAAAAAAGGAAGUCUGAUAAAAGACUUUGUGAGAGAAAAAGAAACAUCAUCUGAUAUUGUCAAUCAUUUCCUCUUAAGAACCUUUCUUAGGGUCCAGAACCCCAGUUUGGAAAGCGCUGACUAACAGUAUCCUAAAAGUUCAGAGUUCCUCCAUAGGCUAUUAUGACUUCCUAUGAGGUGUUUCCUCUACUAGCAGUGUUACCUUUUCAUCCUGGUCUUGAAGGACGAUGUGCAGUGUUUUGUUGGAACGGGUCGGUUGGGUGUAUUGCCUGGAUACCUCGGGAGGGCGUCGGUAACGGAGGGUUUGAAUUGGUCUCGAGAUGCUACUUAAAAUACGUUUGAUUGUUGUGUUUUGUUUCCAGUGUGAAUGUUUCCAUGACUGGCGAGCGUGUUUGGAGAUGAGUUUGUUUAUAUGCGUGAGUGUAAUGAUUUGUUAUUGCGGUGGAGAAUGAACAGUGGAGUCAUUCGUUGAAGCCAUUAGUCUCUGGUCUUGAGCCUCGUUUUUGUUUUCUCCCCCUCUCUGGUCCCAUCUUAAUCCCAUCACUCAAGCACCUACGCUACAUUAUGCAACUGCUUUCAUGGAAUCAGAUUUGCACAUUGUCUUUUCUUCAUCCUUGUUCAUAAUGUAAAUAUACACAACAAAGAGCUUUUUGUUUUUUUCCAAAUGUUUUCAUAAACCAAAAAAAAAAAAAAAAAAAUAUCUAGGAUGUACCAGGAGUAACAUUUUCUAUUUUAAUGGGAAACUUUUUAAAUUGUCAUAUCAUGCACAUUUUUUAAUCAACUAUCUUUCCAACUGUGCUGUACAUUUAUAUAUUGUAUGUGUACAAUAGCAAUAGAGAUAUACUACCUGGUGUAAAUGCAUGCUUCUACAUUGUUUUUCAUUGUUAAAAGGAAGGGGGGGUGAUGAAUUCUUAGCGGUCAGCACUUUGUUGUUUGAAGAACCUGACAGGGAGAUAUGAUGCCUUACUUUCACACUGUGGAUCCGUGAGGACUCGUAGAAUCGAUGGUGUAAGGGGUUUCUGCUUCAACACCGUUUGUUGUGAUCUAAUUAUGCCUAUCUCUUGUGUUACAUCAACGUUCUUUGGUUUGUGAAGAUGUACAGGACUCUCAUUAUAUUCAAACAUUCUGAUGCCAACUGAUAGAUUUUCUUGACAGCUUAGACCAGUCACUGUACUAUGCUGCAUUUCUUUGUUAAUUGCUGCUUUUCUUGUGAAAUGGGAGGAGACUCGUUAUACCUAUUCUAUCUCAAGGCCAGUUUGAUUUUGUGAUUGUGCAAUGCAUAGUUGAAACAUUAAGGUAAGGUGCAUGCUCACUCCUCCUGCCUCCCAUAGUAGUGGAGCAGCCUCUCAUUCUCUAAGAGGCAUUGGCUUAUUUAUUCCUUAUCCGCUGUCUUCAUUUCAACACUGCAGUUAUGCAACACAUUAGUUUUCAUUCAAGACAAUAUGGUUUCUUCAACAUUCUCCGUCCCAAUAAAAAAAAAAAAUCUUC